AUUUUUAGUACUCAUCAAAUUUGUUUUGACAAACAGCACUUGAGCCGUAGUUCUAAAAAAUUUGCACAAUUCUUGUCAAAAUCAUAAGCUGUAAAUUGAGUUAUCAAGUGGUUUUUGUUUGAGAUUUUGUGCGUGUUGUUUUAACAAAAUGCAAAAAUAUGAAAAAUUGGAGAAAAUCGGUGAGGGUACUUACGGUACUGUGUUCAAGGGACGCAACCGUGAAACCAUGGAAAUUGUGGCACUGAAACGUGUACGUUUGGAUGAGGAUGACGAGGGAGUGCCUAGCUCAGCACUCAGAGAAAUUUGUCUAUUGAAGGAGUUGAAACAUAAAAACAUUGUGCGUCUCUAUGAUGUAUUACACUCGGACAAGAAAUUAACGCUAGUGUUUGAGCAUUGUGAUCAGGAUCUGAAGAAGUAUUUUGAUAGUUUGAAUGGAGAAAUCGAUAUGGCAGUUUGUCGCAGCUUUAUGUUGCAACUGUUGCGCGGGCUUGCAUUCUGUCACAGUCAUAAUGUACUCCACCGGGAUUUGAAGCCACAGAAUUUAUUGAUUAACAAAAAUGGCGAGCUAAAAUUAGCUGAUUUCGGUUUGGCGCGUGCUUUUGGUAUUCCCGUCAAGUGUUAUUCAGCCGAAGUUGUUACACUAUGGUAUAGACCACCAGAUGUGCUCUUUGGUGCAAAACUGUAUACAACCAGUAUUGAUAUGUGGUCAGCAGGUUGUAUAUUUGCCGAGCUUGCCGAUGCUGGUCGACCGUUAUUUCCAGGUUCAGAUGUUUUGGAUCAACUAAUGAAGAUCUUCCGUGUGCUUGGUACUCCCUCAGAAGAGACUUGGCCUGGUGUCACUCAUUUGGCUGACUACGUGGCGCUUCCAUCCUUUCCGCCCAUUACAUCUUGGAGUCAAAUAGUACCACGUCUCAAUUCCAAAGGUCGAGAUUUGUUACAGAAAUUAUUGGUAUGUCGGCCAAAUAAACGUAUUAGCGCGGAACAGGCUAUGCAGCAUCCAUAUUUCACUGAAAGCUCGUCAAACCAUUAAUACUACUAAAUAUAUAAUUAAGCAUACUUUCGUUAUUUGUUUGCGUUGCUGUAACCGCUUCUAAUUGGCAAAACAAAAUUAUUUAGCUAUAAAGAGUAUUUAUAAGAAUAAGAGGUGCAAAAGCGUCUUUCGCCCGAUUGCGCGCGGGAAGCUAUUAAAUCUUAAGAUAAUUUCUAUAAAUCAAAAAGGUUGAACGAAAAAGCCGUCUGAAAUGUACUUAUUAAUAUAAAAUGUAGUUUAUUAAUUUAUAUUUACUAAUAUGUAUUGUGUUUAAGAAAAUAUUCCAUUUGGUAAACCAAAUAUAAGAGGCUGUAAAUGCUUAUGGAGUGUUGACAUUGCAAUCAGAUUUAAUGUUAAAUUAU